AUGAAAUUGAAUUUGGAACAAAAACUUUUCAAAAUCGGUUUUAUGAAUGUAUUUUAUCUAAUAGAACUGGAACUACCGUUUUUUGCAAUCAAUCCGAUAAAUCCCAAUGAAUCUUAUGGAAUUGAUGGAAAAUUAUUUAAAACGUUGUCUAAUUAUUUUAACUUCAGCAUUCAAUAUGUCGCUGGUGAAAAUUUUGGUAUACAAAGCGGUCCGGGUAAUUUUUCCGGUGUCUUAGGAAAAAUCCUUGAAGAGGAACUCGAUUUUGGUGUUGGAGGUUUUGUAAUAUCUUACGAACGAAUGUUAUUUAUACCAUUUCUAGAAACUUAUUGGAUGGAUCGAUUGGCGUUUGUUAUUCGGCCGCAACAACCCUAUCUAGCUUUUGAUAUCCUACUUCGGCCAUUUGAACUCGAUGUUUGGCUAUGCUUAUUGGCAACUUUUCUUUUGUUUUUCAUUUUUGAUCAAUUAAAGAAUCGUUUGUUUUCGCCAAAAUCUUCAGUGUCGAUUGGUCAACAAAUUGAUAGUUUGGAUAAUCUUUGUUGGAUCAAUUUCUGCCUAUUAUAUCGGCAACCUUAUCCAUGGCUGACCAGAUUGAGAUUAUCAGCAAAAAUCUGUGCAAUAAGUUUCAUUUUCUCUAUUUCAGUACUUUCAAAUAAUUACGGUGGUGGCCUAUGUUCUUUAUUAGCCCUACCGGCUAGUUCAUCCAUAGAUAAUCUCGACAAAUUGGCUGAUGCUUGUCGUUCCAAUCACAUAAUACCGUUAGCCUUAAAUGGUGGAUUUUUCCAAAAGAUGAAGGGCACAAACAUCUAUUCGUUUCGGGAAAUUUCUCGGACCGUUCAACCUACAAAGAAUAUGGAAGAAGCCAUUAUGAAGAUUUUGAAAAAUGAACAACAGCAAUAUGCCUUCCUUUAUCCUCGAGAACGUCUUCGAUUUUCACAGCUAAGAGCGGGUAAAGAUUUGUUAUACGUUUCACCGGAUACAGAAGAUGCUUCAUUUUUACUUAUGCACGUUUCUAUUCCAACUCAACCAACAUUCAAAUAUCGAAGAGAAUUUUCUCGAAUGUAA